AUUUUUUUAGGUCUGGGGGCAAGCACUCUAAACUCAAGAGAUGCAGGAAAACCAAUGCGUCAACAAAAAGCAGCCCUCUCAUCACAUCUUCUCCAGCUUCAGAAACAAGGGCACUCCUCCCUGACUGGCGGGCUGACCAAAGGCCAGAAGAGACCAUCACAGAGAUUCCCGAAUCUUCAAUAAGCGACGAGGAUGGCUCAGAUGAAGAAGACUUCAGAAAGUUGUUACUAAAACCAAACUUGACUCGGUUAAAACAACAUCAGAUAAGGGACUUACAACAACAGCUGGUAUCUUCUGAAAGGACAGGCUCCCACCUGAUGCCUAGUAAAUAUGGAAAUUGCAGGACAGGUGCCUUGGGUGCAGCAGUGUCCUACAAAGACAGUCUACUGCAGCUGCACACCCAAACACAGGGGAGGAAUCGCAUGCUGCAAGACAUCACGGAAUCGGUGUAUGGAAAUCAAAGCGUGGCAAGCUGCGGCCAAACAAAACACUCGGCUCCAUCCUCUGCAAUGCAAAACACACCGUUGGGACCGCAGAUAUGCGAUAACUUCAGCGACUCCGAUGAUUUUGAGCAGUCGAUGAUGCCGAGAAGAUUUGGGAGGAAAAAUCCGAACGAUCGCCAGGCAAACGGAGAGGGUGACCAGCAGCGGUCACCUGGAGCAGAACGUGAUGACGAGGGCGCGUCGCAGCACGAGGCAUCGCGAGUCGUAGAAAUUGUCACAUUAAACAGGCCCAAUUUGCAGAGGGACAGCAAUUCCCCUCGGCGGGAAUCUGCAGAGCCAAGCCGGAGGAGCGAGGAGACGAUGCCUCCAGCCUUUCGUGAAAAUGUGGAAAAUGAUACAUUUUGGCGAAAGGGUGAUCGCAACAUUUGCUUCGAUUUGGUGGUGAUGGAAGAUGAUGAGGAGGAGGAAUGCACUCCAAUAAAUUCCCGGGCGUGCGGCAAUCGGUGCACGAGAAAAUACGACACGCUGACACAAAGCACCCAGACUUCACCGGACAUCAAGAGCUCCAUCGUCGGACGCCUAAAGCGACGCGGGCAGCCUGCGCGUGCCCUGCGCGGCGCGGCCACGGGUUCGACUCGGAGAACGAAGGGGGACAGUGCCGAGCGUUUACCCUUCUCUCCCAUCUUGUACGCCGCCUCGUCGGACUUUUCAUCGCAAGGCGACGGUUGCAGCCUCACGCCAACGCCCCGCGCGUCCGGCGGAGCGGCGCAAAAGACUCUGCCCUUCAUUCUCUCGAGCGACCUGGAGCGGUUCCCGACGAGGGGAAACUUGUUUCGCGCGAUGACAAACGAGGCCGCGCGGCCCCACGUGGCGACCCGCGCGGCGACCGUAAAUUACCGCGGCAGCUCGAGAAUGAUGCGCGCUCUCGACGCGGCGAACGAACACGGCGGCGGCGGCGGCGAACGCCCGCGGGCCGCCGUUUCGACUGGGCAGCAGCCGGCGUCGCGACGACCGAUGGGAAGCGUUCGCGGCCCCCGUGGCAGGCGGGUCUCGCAAAACUGUCCGGACGCCGCUGAAUUUGCGUCCUCGGCGGCGACGCGGCAAACGACGACCGCAAACGUCGACGGACGGCCGCGCCCGCGCUCGUCGUCCCGUCGCUCUGGGGCGAAAUCGGCCGGCGGUGAGGCCGCGAACGAGCGUGGAGACGCGACCCUGCCGUCGAUGGCGCAGGGCGAGCGCGACUCGGCCGACGCGGGCGCUGCGUCGCUCCCUAGCAGCACUCGAUCCGCGCAGCUUCCAGGCGGUGCUGCGGUGGACGAGGAUGGCGUUGCGAGUGCGCCGCACGCGACGGAAUCGCAGGUCCUCAACCAACAGCGGCUGUCCACGUCGACUUACAGCAGACCUGUUCGGCGUGACGAUGGGACAACAAGUUCGACCGAAAGCCUCGGUGGCACGGUCGCGCCACAGAGUCGCGGGUCCUCCGUGUCAGAUCCGAGUGUCUGUAAAGGCGAUGUUCCAUCGAGUCCGACACGCGCGUCUUUGAGCGCGCACAGCAGCCGUGCACGGGCAAACGACCACUGGGACCAUUCGUACAACGUCAGGGAGUUUGAGGUUGAAACUUGCGUCAAUGCGAACCACGGCCAGAUGAACACCGCUUCCUUUUAUGGGCAAAAACAACAACUGAGGUCGCGUGAACUUUCGGGCAGACUCUCAAAGAACCUGCAGAAUCGAACAGACGACAGCGCAUAUAAAACACCACCAGCUCAGCAGCCGACAGGGGGUCAAGUUGUUUCCCGGCUCAGGGCAAUGAUAGAAAAGGCCGAAAACAGACAAAAACAGAUCAGCGCCAUGAGCAGGAUAACUCGGGUUCUAGAAUUCCCACCAGGUCAGCAGAACGGUGGGCGGCAUAAGAGAGGACCUGUGACCCAGCGGACCUGGGUCACACGCGCGAACCCUGGCAACGCACACGAAGGCCACGGUAACGCGCCGAAGGAGGGCGCGCUGCUGUGGGCAAGUUACGGCGAUGACGGUGCCCCACCGGCGAUCGAGCGGGUGCCGGCUGAGGAACCGGUGGAAGAGACCGAUCGCUUUGAGCGCGGUGACGCCAGCGUCUCGCCGAAUGGAGACCGUGCACAAGUUAGCCGCCGCGCAGGCACCGACGUCGACGGUUCGGUCUCCGAGGUCGCAAACGUGAGGGCACGGGGAGGAACGUCGGCUUGCGGGGCGACGAGCGGGCAAAAUGUUCCGGCGAGCGGAGGAGUCACGAGGAGGGCCCGGAUCGGUGGCAAGGUGGUACGCAGGGCCCCGAGCAGGCAGGAGGUGCAGCGCAGGCUCCUCCAGAGCGGCAUCAGCGUGGAGAGAAUGGCGAACGCCGGGAAGGAAAUUUCCACGUCGAUGCAGCGGAGGAAGCGGGACGCGGCCACCUCUGGCACCUCGAACCGGGAGGGGGCAUCUGGAGCCACGCGGGUGGCAUCUGGAACGGUUGAAGGGAACGAUACAUUUACGAACAAAAUCCCAGGCACGAGUUUCGCAGUGGACGCCUUCUCAUGCGAGGCCGUCGCGAGCUGCAGCGCCCACUUCCUGAGCCACUUCCACCCACACGCCUACCGCGGGCUGUCGCGCUCCUUCGACCGACCCAUCUACUGCAGCAAGCGCGGUGAACUCAACGGCGGCGGCAGCGCCGCAGCUGCACCAGAGACGUGGAUUUGA